UUCAAUCUGAGCUGUCAUUAGAAAAAUUCCAACAAUCUCGGUCGCGAAGUUAUGUAUAAUAUUUAUUAAUUAGGAAGUGAAUAACAAUGUUAGUUUGUGACUUUUUCAAUAAGUAAUUUCGAUUAAAUUGUUUAGUUAUAUGUUCAGCAGUUUCUUCAGCUACACGUGCCGUGAAAAAAUUUACGAAACACGAUAAUAGCUUGAAGAAAAGUAAUGUUUGUUAAUGGUGAUUGUCGCGUACUUGUGAUCUCUACCUGAUGUGAAAUAUCAGCACAAAAUUUCCAAUGUUCUGAAUACUGAUUCAUUCAUAAAAAGAAGAUAAGUGCGCAUUACAGAUAAGUAAUUAAAGCAAAUCGUACAGUGAAGUCUAAUACUUGAAAACAUAUUUUGUGUUUAUACAGUGUGUACGUAAAAUAUUGCUUAUUCCUAAAAUUAAGAAGAAAACAGUUUCAACGAGCAUUAUUACUACGUGUCAGUACACUUAUGUUCUGCGGUGACGGUAGUGAAAAAGAUCUGAAAUUCAUCAUAGCGAUAGAUAUAGCGAGAUUAAGCUAGAAACACCCACUUCUGAUUUGAUUCAAACACCACUUAAGAAUCUGAUCUGAUUGUUACAAUGCUGCAUGCUAUUGGUGGAAUAGUGAACCUAGAGAGUUGAUGAGUCUCUAUAUAUUGUUAUCCCAGUGAUCUAUAAGAAAGUUUUGAGAUCGAAACACGGUAUGGAAAAAUUCCCCCUGAAAGGAACCAGUAUUUCCACAUCACCAACAGUGGUAGGCUCCCAUCCAUUGAGCGUUGAUCACCCUUCUUAUCAAGCAGUUGGACGGAAGACUGCAUCGCCAACUAAUGAGAGGAGUUUCAUAAAUACGACUUCGCUAACAUCGGACGACGAGAUGAUUGACAUUACGCCAAAUAACGUAAGCAAUCCCAACUAUCAGUAUCACUCGUCUUCGAAUGGCAGUGGUGGCCGGGAGGACGGCGUGGGCGGAGAGAGUUUGGGUGCUACUGGAAGCGGAUUAGGUGGCAGUCUGCACGCCGGCAGUGAUAACAGCGUGAGGACGUCGCCCACGCAUAGUCGAUUCGGACGAGAUUUUCAUUCGGACCAUGAAGGUAUUUCAUUUUCCGGAAUGACGGACAACAGUGACGAUAUUCCCGGUAUCGGUCAGUAUGACGAUUUCCAUACCAUCGACUGGCAGCGUGAUAUAGCACGCGACCGGAUGCGACAUCGGUAUAUCGUGAAAAAACGACAGGACUUUUGGGAUCUGAUAAAGGGAGCUCACGACGCCUCAUCAGGAUGGGUUUGUGUCCUAUUGGUAGGGUUGUUCACCGGUUGUGUGGCUGGUGUGAUCGAUAUUGGUGCCAGUUGGAUGACCGAUUUAAAGUUUGGAAUCUGUCCGCAAGCGUUCUGGUUGAACCGGGAGCAGUGCUGUUGGUCAUCCAAUGAAACAAGCUUCGUCAGUGGCAAUUGUUCACAGUGGUACACGUGGUCAGAGAUACUAACAUCAUCACGUGAGGGUGUGGGAGCCUACAUCAUAUCAUACUUUUUCUACAUUGCGUGGGCUAUGUUAUUUGCCCUAUUGGCAGCAUCACUGGUGCGAAUGUUUGCACCUUAUGCAUGUGGUUCCGGUAUACCGGAAAUCAAAACCAUCCUAUCUGGAUUCAUUAUCCGAAGUUAUUUGGGCAAGUGGACGCUCAUCAUAAAGUCAGUCGGCCUCAUACUGGCCGUAUCAACAGGUCUUAGCUUAGGUAAGGAAGGCCCAAUGGUGCACAUUGCGAGCUGUAUAGGAAACAUACUGUCCUACUUGUUCCCAAAAUAUGGAAGAAAUGAGGCAAAGAAGCGUGAAAUCAUAUCGGCGGCUGCAGCAGCUGGUGUAUCAGUGGCUUUUGGGGCCCCCAUUGGAGGAGUUCUGUUUAGUUUAGAAGAAGUUUCAUACUACUUCCCGCUGAAGACGUUGUGGCGAUCGUUCUUUUGCGCGCUGAUAGCAGCGUUCAUAUUGCGAUCGAUCAAUCCGUUUGGUAACGAGCAUUCAGUGCUGUUCUAUGUGGAGUACAACAAACCUUGGAUAUUCUUUGAGCUGGUGCCAUUCAUUGGACUUGGAAUUAUAGGGGGUAUCAUCGCAACACUAUUCAUCAAAGCCAACCUAUGGUGGUGCCGUUUCAGGAAGUAUAGCAAAUUGGGACAGUAUCCAGUAACCGAAGUUCUUGCCGUUACUUUCAUUACUGCUGUUAUCGCUUAUCCAAAUCACUACACACGAAUGAACACAAGCGAGUUGAUCUACCUGCUGUUCAGUCAGUGUGGCAUCUCAAACAGGGACUACUUAUGUGACUACAAUCGUAACUUUACCGACGUCAACUCGGCUAUCGAAAUUGCUGCCGCAGGUCCGGGAGUAUACAAAGCGAUAUGGCUACUAACGUUGGCCCUGAUGAUGAAACUGAUUAUGACCAUAUUCACCUUCGGUAUGAAAGUGCCAUGUGGUUUGUUCAUUCCAUCGCUAGCACUGGGCGCCAUUAUGGGUCGCAUAGUUGGAAUUGGAAUGGAACAACUGGCUUAUCAUUACCCAAAAAUUUGGAUUUUCUCCGGAGAAUGCUCAACGGGCGAUGAUUGCAUCACGCCGGGUUUGUAUGCCAUGGUUGGAGCAGCAGCAGUUCUAGGAGGUGUGACCAGGAUGACAGUUUCGCUUGUUGUCAUAAUGUUCGAACUGACUGGAGGAGUGCGGUAUAUUGUCCCACUUAUGGCUGCAGCAAUGGCUUCUAAAUGGGUAGGAGAUGCUCUGGGACGACAGGGUAUUUAUGAUGCUCACAUAGCGCUAAACGGUUACCCGUUCUUGGAUAGCAAGGAUGAGUUUCAACACACGACUCUAGCAGCUGAUGUGAUGCAGCCAAAGCGAAAUGAAACGCUAUCUGUAAUUACUCAGGACUCGAUGACGGUGGACGACAUCGAGACCCUACUUAAAGAGACUGAGCAUAACGGCUACCCUGUAGUUGUGUCCAAAGAGAACCAGUAUCUCGUAGGAUUUGUCCUGCGAAGGGAUCUUAAUCUCGCCAUAGCGAAUGCCCGACGGAUGAUCGACGGUAUAGCAGGACAAUCACUAGUGAUAUUCACCUCGGCGCAGCCGGUGCAAAAUCUCGGACCAUCGCCGUUGAAGCUGAAGAAAAUUCUUGAUAUGGCACCUAUCACUGUGACCGAUCAAACUCCGAUGGAAACCGUUGUGGACAUGUUCCGCAAGCUGGGGUUGAGACAAACUCUCGUGACACACAAUGGUCGGCUACUGGGUGUGAUUACCAAGAAAGAUGUCUUGCGGCAUGUUAAACAGAUGGACAAUGAAGAUCCUAAUACGGUCCUGUUUAAUUAGACGAAUUAGCUUCCAGUAAAACCCCACUUGAGUCCUACUUAAAAUUACGAAUUUGUAGCAAAUUAUACAUUUUCACAUCCUUGAGUUGUAUUUAUUUAGCACACAUGAUCAAAACAGGAACUCUUCCCAGAAAGCGUUGCGUAGUCAACGGUUGCAAAAAUUAGGAAUCAAGUUUUAUGUCUGAUGCCGAUAUUUUUAUAGUUUAAUUUAGAGUCAGUUGAAGUUUUUGUCCAAGUAUAGAGAGCAUAGAGCAUCAUAUAAUAUAUAUCUUUCAGUUAUCGGAUUCAUAUUACACAUAGUUUCAUUCUAAACAUAAUAUUAAAAAGAAUAAUACUGAAAAUUUUGAUUAGUUGAUUUAGGCCGUUUCCGAGUAUUAUGAAAAACAAAAGCCGGUAGAGUAAAUAAAAUUGAAGUAACUAAAUUGUAUAAAUUUUAUACAGCGUUAGCCCAUUUUUGUAUUGUAUAUUGAAGGGAAAGCAAACUUCUACACAUUAUGAUAAGGAUGGCUUAAAGGUCAAAGCGAUACUCGUGAAGCUAUCUUAGGCAUGGUAUACAAUUUACGCAACCCUGAAAUUUAUUAUGUUUGCAGUUCGUAAUG